GGAGGGUUCCAAGAUGGCGGCGCCCACGCGAGGCAGCGGUGCGGGCGGGUCGGACUCGGAGAGCGGGAGCAGCAGCGCGGAGGACUGGGAGCGGUUCCGCGAGGCCGCCUGGGACCCGGCGGGGCAGCGGGCGGCCACGGGGCGACCGGAGGCCAGCAGCGGUGGCUUAAGGACGGACAAGCUACCAUCAGCUCAGCCAAGUCUCAGGCAGAGAGUGAAUGAUCAUGACCAAGAUGGGAACGAGUUACAGACCACACCAGAGUUCAGAGCACAUGUUGCAAAGAAACUGGGAACAAUGUUAGACAGCUCCAUCACUGUCUUGGAGGGUUCACCACGUUGUGGAUGGAUUUCCAUGCAAGCUGCUGACUCUGAAGAUGAUGGCUUUCGCUUAUUCUCCUCGUCUGUCCCAGGAGAUUGUGGGAAAUCAGAACCUCCCCACUCAGCCAGGAGGCGGAGAACUUCCAGUUCCAGUGAACUAGACAGUGACCAGGAAUGGCAGAGAUGCCAAGAGGCUGCUGUAUCAGCAGCAGACAUCCUGAAGCAGAGUGCUCUUCCUGGGGUGUCACAUGACUACAGCCAGGCCCAGAAUCAAGAGUGCACAGAGCACAACCAGAAGAAGAAGAAGAAAAGGAAGAAGAAAGUUAAAGGAGAGAGUCAUAAUAAUCAACAGAUACCAGAAGCAGUCGGGUGUGGUGAGACCAGCAAGAAUGCUCUGUGUCCCAUUCUUAGCAAUGGAGAGCAUGAGCGACAGGAAGGCAGAUAUACAGAUGCCAGAUCAGUGAAGAAGAAAAAGAAGAAGAAAAUCAGGAAAGAAGAGAAUACAUAUUCUAGUCUACAGACUGCAGAUGGUCAGGAUGGAUGAAGGGCACUGAAAGGUUAACAGCGAAAAGUAGUUCCUGCAGAAUGUCUUUCACUGGCAGUGGGGGAGCAUAAUUGCCAAAGUUGCUAUUUUAGGGUUUCAGAGCAUUGAGAGCUUAUUUAAAUGGCUGGCCAUAUUGUGGUAUCUAUUGGGAAACAGAAUGGAAGACCAAGCCCAGAGGAGAUACCUGCACUGCUGCUUAGGUGGACCUUGCUUGGAGGGAUGUGGCAUUUUGCACAGACUUUGAUAAUACAGUGACAUAUUCAUAGUCCCUUCUGCCUGGUUUGAUCCUUUUGGUGUCGAGGACAAUGGAUCUGGUCUGAGCAUAUAUGUGACAAGCUGAUUUUGGUGGAAAUGGGAGCAGAGAAUCAGUUCUGUUUCAUUUCUCUUGUCACCUCUUGCCAGAACCAACAGAAGAACACCUCCAGCCAGUGAAAGAGACUGGUUCAUUCAAUAGCAUCCUGAUGGCUGUUGGGGGUCCACUUAUGUCUCCUGCAGUCACCAUCACAUUAUCAAAACCUGCUGUGUUACUAAUUCCCUUGUCAUCUGCACUGUCUUGGACUCCCAGGCUAACAGCUACUGAAAGAGCAUGCAGCUGUAUGUUGUUAUAAACUGGUGUUUCUUUCAGAGCUAUGUCCCUUGAGGAUUUAUUUUCAUAGUAUUACACCUGCCACGUGCAGUAGAAUUUAAUAACAGCCAACGCCUCUUGGUCUCAUUUGAUAUAUCAUGUAUUGUUCACAAGUGCUCUGUGCUUCCACUCAGAUGGAUGUCUGCAGCAGAGUUGCGUAGGUCACAUGAUUUUAUAUGUACAGCUGUUUAUAGUAACUUGACAGUCAGUGCUGUAGAAUUACUGGAAACAGGUGCUCUCCAGCUUAGUUUGGCAUUUCCUGUAUUUAUGUCCUUAUUUGGACUUGAUCAGUCAGGUUGGUUUAUUUCUCUGAGACUCAGCAGUUUUUACCACUAUUCUUAUUUUCUUAAUAGAGGUCUGCAAUUCUAAUAAAGCAGGUCAAAAUCCAUUAUUUGGGUGAGUUGGGAAUACCUUUAUCUAUCUUUAUUUGUGUUUUUGAGGCUUGUGGGUCUCAAUAGCUCUGACCAUUGGACCUCUCCCCUCCUCCUGGAGCCUUAAAACCUCGACUAGAGCCACUGAACUAGGAAAAUGCUGCCUCGUGUAGUACAUCAGGAAAUCUCACAUAUUUUUCUCCUGUUAGAGCCCAAACACCAUAUUGUUAAGAUUACAAAUAUACCUUUUUUCCAAAAGAACCAUAAAUUGCAUUCAUGUGCCAGAUUACCCUUUAUUGGUUACCAUGACAUCUUUUACUUCAGCACGUGGUAUUUUUGUGUGUGGAAUAAAAAUACCAAGUCAGAAAUAUUUCAGGGCAGGUUUUAUUUAGUUUUUUAGUUUAUUUAACCCUCUUGGUCCUUUCCCAGUGUACUUGAUUCCCCUAUGGACUUUUUUUAAAGAGCAAUAGUGUUCAAGGUCUUUAUUUCUAGUUAUAAACCUACAUUCAAGGAAAAAGCUGUUUUCCUUAAAAUUGACCCUGAAAAUGUGGACUCAACAUAUAUCCAGGUCCACUUAUAAUCAGAACAAUGUGGUAUUUUUCAAACCAGGAAAAGCUCUGCUGGCAUUUCAGACCCGAAAGACUAUUUAGAAAAUUGGCUUGUAAAUUAAUUUUAAUAC